AUGCUGAUCUUGGCCGGCAAGCCGAUGUACUUCCUCGAGUUGGCAGUUGGCCAGUUCUCAGGAGUUGGGCCUCUGGCUCUCUGGAACUGUUGUCCCAUCGCCAAAGUCAUUGACAUGUUUUGUGAUUACUCCGGAGCGAUGAGGAUUAAUAUAGUAUUGGAGUAUGUUUGGGAUAACGCUGGAGGGAAAACUGAUCUACAAAGAAUGUGGCUCAGUUUAAACCAAGUAUACCAGCUUUACUACUAUCUUUUCAAUGCUGUCGAAUGUAAUGAAUACUUAAACAUAAGAGUGGGAUGCGCCAUGAUCACAGUUUCUCUGAUUGUAUGCAUUUACUACAACGUGAUCAUGUCGUACACCGUCUUUUACAUGGUGGCUUCCUUCGACUCGGAAGUGCCUUGGUCCAAGUGCGACCCUGCCUGGGCCGACAUGGCCACCUGCUACGUCAGGGGGGAGCCCCAAAGUCUGGUGAGUGAUCAUAAUUUAUAUUAA